GCGACGCGACGCUCCCCGACCAAACCUCCGAUUCUGCCGGCGGCGGUCGGUCGCUGGAUGCUGCUGGAUUCAUUCUAGCCGCCGAGCAGGAGCAGCGACGAAACGUAGGUCGCUGGAUCCUCUGCUUUGCCUCGACUCUCCUCUCCUCUGCUCUCCUCUGCUCUGCAUCGCAUCCUUCCAAGUCGUCCUCUCCUCGCUCGCCGGUUUACAUCUCCAUCCUCUGCAAACAACAACAACAACAACAAGCAAGGCCCCUUCACCACUGAUCCAGUAAUAAAAGUAACCAACGAAUCCAUAGCUGCUGCUGCUGCUUGCCGCCGUGAGGCAGGGAUGACCGGAAGCAGCCUCCGGAGGCUACUUCCAUUGGUUUCCCUUCUUCUUCUUCUUGCCGCGCUCGGAUUCCUCUCCGUCUCCGUCCAGGCCAGCCGGGGGGAUGCCGAUCCGCACUACAGAACCUGUGUGGACGAGUGUCAGAAUACAGGGAUUAUUGCAAGUAACAUCAUCAGUCACUGCUCGUCCCUGGAAAAUGACAGCACAUCCGCUGGAACUUCUUGGUACACACAGGAGGCCCUUGGCAUGCAGUGGAAGCAACUAAACUGUAUGACAGACUGCCGCUACUACUGCAUGAUGCAAAGAGAAGAGGAACGGCGAUUAGGUGGCCUGAGCCCUGUUCAGUAUCAUGGAAAAUGGCCCUUCAAACGUGUUUCUGUCUUCCAGGAGCCCCUUUCGGCUGCACUGUCUGUUCUCAACCUAUUGAUGCACUUCACUGGCUGGCUUUCAUUCUUCCUGCUAGUGAAAUACAAAUUACCUCUUAGACCUCAGACCAAGAGGACGUACUACGAAUACACUGGCUUAUGGCAUAUCUAUGCAAUAUUAUCAAUGAAUGCAUGGAUCUGGAGCUCUGUAUUCCAUACCAGGGAUAUUGACUUGACUGAGAAAUUGGAUUACUCUUCAGCUGUGGCCGUACUUGGCUACUCUUUAAUCCUUACAUUGCUAAGAAUUUUUAAUGUCAAGGAUGCGGCUGCCAGGGUGAUGUUUGCUGCACCUAUUCUAGCAUUCGUCACAACACACAUCUUGUAUCUUAACUUCUAUGAGCUUGACUACGGAUGGAACAUGAAAGUUUGUGUGGCGAUGGGUGUGGUUCAAAUUGUCGCAUGGGCAACCUGGGCUGGCGUGACCCGUCAUCCGUCACGAUUCAAGCUUUGGGUCGUUGUGUUUGGAGGAGCUCUAGCUAUGCUUCUUGAAGUGUUUGACUUUCCUCCGUACAAGGGGUAUGCCGACGCGCACUCGUUGUGGCACGCGAGCACGGUUCCCCUCACCUACCUUUGGUGGAGCUUCAUUAAAGAUGAUGCAGAAUUCCGCACCUCCACACUCACACUUGUUAAGAAGGCCAGGUAAACUAAAAGGCCAUUAUGUUGUUCGGUCCUCUAAAGGUAACACAAGCAAAAGCUCGGGUAUUCCCUGGAACCGCAAAUCGUUCGUCUUUGAGCGUCACGGUUUUGGUCUGCAAACUCAGCAUCUUGUUUCUGCGGUUCUUGCCCUCCUCCCGACUUGUGUUUUGAUUGAUGUAUGUAUGAAGAAUUGUUUUGUAGUAGAAAAAGAGACAUUUAUCUUUUUUCCAUGCCUGUUGAAACGGUCAGCUCAUGAGUUUCGGUAUAAGCUUGUAUGAACCUAGCAUUGCAGAAGGAGCAAUCAAAGACGGAAUAUUUGUGGGGGA